AUGGAUCCUGGAACAGCGCUGACGGUGGUGUCUCUCUCAUUCCAGGUGUUCGGCGGCUGUAUCAAGGGUUUCGUCCUGCUCUCGGAGGCCCACAAUCUCGGGCAAGAUGCAUCACUUCUUCGCACGAUGCUCAACCUUGAAGAGUAUCGCUUCACACAGUGGGCCAAGACGGUGGGGCUGACGGGCCCAGAUGCCACCCUCAAUCCCAGGCUCAACCAAACUCUGGCAGCUGAACUUAUGGGACAACUGUCACUUCUCCCUUCCAUGAACAAGUUGAAGAAGGAACGAUACAAGCUCGAACUGGUCCCCAACCGCCCCACGAAUGUCUCUGUAAACGACAACGAGAGCAAAUCAACUGUUUCCCAAGGUAUCCUAAGUGGCGCCGUAUCGCCAGAGGCACGCGGAGAGAUUUUGGCUCGAGCGAAUUUCAUACAAGCCAAGAACCAUCUCCCCAAGAGGCUUUGGUGGGCAUCGGUGGACAAGAAGAAGUUCGAGAAUUUGGUGCAGGAUGUCCGGGCAAUUGUGGACGGGCUCUGGGCUCUGCUAGAUCCGCUCCAGCAGGAUGAGGUUACGCAAAUGAUGAAGCAAGUCCUCUCGGUCGUCAUCCAAGUCAGCAAGGAUGUUAGCGGACUACAGGAUUUGCAGGCCACAUUGAACAACCUGCAGAAUGGAACAGCAAGGAAUGCAGCUCCAUUGGCUGUCGCCGCAGCUUUGAAGGCUGCACGAAUCGAAAUUCAAGACGAUGAAAAGUUUGAGCCGUCCUCUGUUUCUAUGCAGCAAGCGGUACCGAUGACCUUGCCUUCACCACCUCAUACCAUCAAAGUUCGCCGCAAUAAAGAUCUUGCGCCACUCCAACUUGAUCUGCUGAAGAGUUAUGUUGCAAAGACAAGUAAUCCUUCCGUCGGAACGGGACUCUACUUAGGCAAACCUGUCUUCGUCGAGUACAAGACGAACCUUGCCCUUCUAUUAUCAAUGCCGAAGGAUCCGUCCUUCCUGACUCUUCGUUGCCUUGGUUUCUUCGAAGAUGGCGAUCGCUAUGCCUUUAUAUAUGCGUAUCCCGACGAAUCAAUUGAUGCAAAUGCCACUCUACCUGCUGCUCAGCCUGUUUCAUUACUUGACAUCCUCCAUCUUCGCUCAGAGAAUGUACUCUUUUUCCCUAGCUCUGCAGGGUCUACCAUCGCUGCACUCCUGACCCGACCCUAUCUCACGGGCUUCGCCUUCUCGCGCUUCGACUCUCCGGAGGCGAUCAGCGAGCAACCAUCGGCGAACCCAUCACAUGACAUCUACCGCCACCCUCAGGCGCUUGGAGAACCCUCCACAUCGUUCAGGAAGCAGAUGGAUAUGUACACGCUUGGAGCGGUCAUGGUCGAGAUUGCCGAAUGGCGUCCGCUCAAGCAUAUCAUCCUCAAAUGUGUGGACGUGAGAAACCCGGCUGUGAAUGUUCCGCUUAGCGCAAUUGCUUCUGUAAGUCAGUGGCUGGUCCGGGAGAAAGUCGAAAAUGGGGCCGCACGUUUCCGGAUGGGAGAUGUCUUUGGGAGAGCAUUGGCCACUUGUCUCAAGGGUAGUGGAGCGGUUGGGGAGUCUGAUGAUGAGUUGCUGAAUUUACAGCAGAUCGUCCGGGAUUUUGAAAGAUGUUUCAUCUGA